AUGGAUCUAUCAUUAUCAGAUGUUACAAAAUUAUCAGGAAUUUUACAAGAGAAUGGUGAUCAAAUUUUAAAUGGAACAAGUAAAUUAUCAAUAUCAGUGAAUUUAUUACAAUAUUUAAAUAAAUGUUUUAAUUUAAUCGUUGAUGAGAAAGAGAUUCAAGAGACACCAAAUACACAAUUUCAAGUAAUCCAUUCAAAUGUAUGUUUGGAUGUAUUUCGUGAUUUACAAUUUUUACAUGAUUUUAUACAAAAAGUAAUUGGUUUAAAAAUUACAAUUGGAAUAAAUUUAAGUGAACCAUUCGAAGGUAGUGCGUGUAUAAGUAAAUUUCGUAAUUUAAAAUUAUUAGAAAUACGUAAAGUACCAGUUGAUUAUAUUACGGGUAUUAAAAAUUUACGUUCACAAAUACAAUAUAUUAUUUGUGUAAAAAGUUUAAUAAAUUCAUUAGAUGAAUUAUUAAUACAGUGUGGUGGUGAUAAAUGUACAACACCAUUUGUUUGGUGUGAAUUACGUGAAGCAUCAUUUAGUUAUAAUAAUUUAACGGGAUUGGAUUCAAAACCAUUUGAAUAUAUACCAUAUUUACAAAUGUUAGAUUUAAGUCAUAAUAAAUUAGUGAAUGUACAAUCGUUAUCAUGUUUACAUAAUUUAAAACAUUUAAAUUUAAGUUAUAAUCAAUUAGAACGGUUACCGUUGUUUAGUCAAGAGCAAUCCAAACAUUUACAAACGUUAAUUUUGAAGAAUAAUUAUAUUGAAGAUUUAGCAGGAUUAAUAUCAUUAUUAUGUUUACGGGAAUUAGAUAUAUCUUGCAAUUGUUUAAUUGAUCAUUCAACAUUGUUUGCAUUACCAAUGCUUGCAAAUUUACAAAUAUUAUGUUUAGAAGGAAAUCCAUUAAGUUAUCAUCCAAAUCAUCGAAAAAUUACAUGUCGAUAUUUACACAGCAAUACAAUUAGUGUUAAGUUUAUUCUGGAUAAUAUGCUGUUAUCAAGUAGUGAAUCUAUGCAAAUUGGUACAUAUCAUACGAAUUCUGUACGUCUAAACGAAUAUUUACAAGAACGUCGUGACUAUUUGAAUUCAUCAUUAACAAAUUCCGGAACAUUUUCAUCGGUAUCAUCACUUGAAUCUAUUAAACCAGCAAUAAAAACUGAAUUACGACAACGACCACGUAAAGGACGAAAAGUACGUGAAGCUAUUAUUAAUGAACCAAGUAUUUUACACCAUUUACCAGAAAGAUCAUCAAAAAUUAAUGUUCAAAAUACAGAACGAAUUAUUGGGGAUAAUGUUGGAUCUCUAGAAUCAUCAAUACACUUAGAAACAAAAAAACAAAUUGAAGGGCUGCGAGAACAAUAUGGCGACUUAUGGUUACAUAGUAAAGGAAGUUCGUUAAUUGUUCAAGAUAUUUUAGGAAUGGAAAAAACACCCGUGCCAAUGUUUUCAUCUAGUCCAUAUUUAGAUAUAGCAAAAUAUAUCACAUCAUCGGAUAAUGAAAAUUCUACAUCGAAUAGUCCAAAUUCAUUAAAAACAAUUGUACCAGACAAUGAAUCGUCAACUGUUACAGAUGAAACUUAUGAAACAGCGGCCACCUCGUCAGAAGUACCUAGUGAUUAUAAUACAAUCGUUGAUUCUAAUUAUGAAUCUGGGUAUGACGAAUCGGGUAAUGUUGAAACUGAAGACGAUGAUAAUGAACCAGAACCGGAAGAAGAAGAAGACGCUAAUAGUAAGCUGUUUGUAGUUAAUUCAGAAUCGAAUCCAGAUAAUCAAUUAUUUUUAUGUGUAAGCAUCGAAGGUAAAGUUAUACGUGAACGUAACGCUACUACUGGUGUUACUCGAGAACGUUGGCCGUUAUCAAUUUUACAAAGUUGUGAACGAACUGAUAAAGGGGUUAGUUUAAAAUUUGAUACGGUUAAACGUGAUAAAGCAUCACGUAAUUAUAUUUUGGAAGAUGAAUCUGAAGCUCAGAAUUUGGUAUCACUUUUACGUGAAGUACUCGAUUCACGACCUUUAGUUGAAAUGAAUCAAACAGUGUUUCGUUGUAUGAAAUGCUCGACUCAAUUUUCUACGGAAAACGAAAUUUUAGAUUUACAACGUAUACGUAAUUUAGGGACACAAUGUCCAUUUUGUAAAAGUAAAAUUGUGAUGGAAGUUGAAGACGAAUAUCCAAAACUCCUACCGCCAUUAAUUACAGCUCGUGAUUUAUCACCGGAAACAGCAGAAAUAGCAUUGCCACAUUCACCAUCACAUUCAAGCAUUGCGUUUGAUGACCAUCAGACAUCUGGCGCUCCCUCGCGGCUUCUCAAAGUUACCGCUGAUGUUCACGCCCCUGCGACUAGUUUUUCUUCACAGCUACAAUCACCCACCCAUUGUUCAGCAACAUCUUUAAAUGAAUCGAUAAUUAGCUCAAAAGUAAAUACAGCUGACAACGCUACAAGAAGAGGUGAUAGUGAUAUUGAAGUCUUAAGUGAUCCAAGUCAAGAUAGUAUUGAAGUUUUAGCAGUUCUUGCACGAGGUUCUAGUUUAACACCAAAACGUCGCCGAUCUUCAGAAGAACGACGAUUUGAUAUGCUCUCACCAAUUUUAAGUACAACAUCACGAGAUCCACCAGAAGCCGAAAUUUCAACAACCGGUUUAUCGGCUACAGGUAUUGUGGCCGGUUUAACUGAGAGUAGUUCUUCGGAUUCAUUGACGGAUAGUGUUUGUACGGCUUAUGAACAACGAAAAGCGUCUAUAACGAAUACUGUCAUUAAUGGAAAAGCCACCAAUCCAGUUCAAGUAACUGCUGGCGAUACAUCGAGAAAACAAGAUGAAAAUACGUUGUAUGAACAACCUGAAUUAGAAAUUACGGUCAACGAACCAAAAACAGCUGAGAGUGUUGGAAUUUUGUCGUCAAUGUUAGAAGGUUUAUGGAAUGCCACAAGUUCACUUACGUCAACAGCGAAACCUUCACUACCAAGUCAAUAUAAAAUUGGUGAUGUGGAAUUUUCGUAUGCGAAUUUCACUCAAAUUGAUCAUCGCGUAAAAUUACAUUUAUUUUUAAAUAUUUUCGAAGAUGAGAACGAAGAAUUAGUAUGGUUAAUCCGUGCAGAAAUUUUAUCACAUAAUGCGGAGAAAACGUUUAGCGGUUGUGUUGUCUUGUCGACACGAAAAAUUUAUGUCUUGAAAAUUGAAGGCGAUAUAAUUGGAGAUGAACCUCAACAAUGGCUAAUUAAAUCAGAAGGAUAUUCUGUUGAUCGUCUUCAAACUGUGUUUACAUUACCUUGGAAACAGGGUAUUGGUUUCGAGAUUCAUAAAAUUUCUUUGGUGGGAGUCGAAAGCUCUAUAUAUAUUUUAUGCUUUUUACAAGAUUUAGUUUAUACUACAAAUUUUUUGGCCCAUCUUGCAGAUGCUUCAUUACCAGACACAUGUGAAUUAAUAACAAAAACAUCAGAGACAACAAAAUUAGAUAUUUUACAAUUAAUAUUGUCAAGUACAUCAGAAGCGGAUGCGGAUUUAACCGUACGAUUAUUGCAUGUCUUUACACAAUGUACAAUCAGUAAUAAUAACACGAAUGAAGAUGCAAAUAGCAGUAAUAUAACAGCAGACGCACAAAAAGUUAUUAAUAUGGGUAUAUUAUUAGUGACAAAUAGUGAUAUGAUAUUAACAGAUUGUUUAGCAUGGUUACAACCAGAAUCAACUAAAACACCAUCGGUUUAUUCAACACAAAGUAUCAGUAAUCUUGUUGAAGUUAUCCGUGAAAAUAAUAUAGUAACAUUAAAUUUUUUGGAUGAAACCACAAAUAAAAAUGAACAAUGGCAAUUAUCAACAAUAUCAAAUUCAGCAAUUGAUAGUAUUAUUGAAGCAAUACGUGGUCCAUGGGAGCAAUUAUUUUCAAUACCAUUACAAGAUCCUUCUACUAGUCCUUGUUCUUGUACAUCUUCAGGGGAGAAUAUUAAUAAUAAUAAUAAU